CUUCUUUUAGGGUUUUGUAGAGUUUGUCCGCUCUCUUCUUAUAAACCUAAUUCAAGCAUUUCUCUUCCUCCGUUCACGGCCAAAUCCAACUUUGUUUCUUCACAACCCCAAGUUGCAGCCGUCGCCAUGGUGAAGUAUUCCAGGGAACCAGACAAUCCCACCAAGUCCUGCAAAGCCCGUGGCUCGGACCUCAGAGUCCACUUUAAGAACACAAGGGAGACUGCACAUGCCAUUAGAAAGUUGCCACUGGCCAAGGCCAAGAGGUACCUAGAGGAUGUACUUGCCCACAAACAAGCCAUUCCUUUCCGUCGCUUCUGUGGUGGUGUUGGACGAACUGCUCAGGCAAAGAACAGGCACUCCAAUGGCCAAGGACGCUGGCCCGUCAAAUCUGCCAAGUUCAUUCUUGAUUUGCUUAAGAAUGCUGAGAGCAAUGCUGAAGUGAAGGGUCUCGAUGUUGAUUUGCUCCACGUAUCUCACGUCCAGGUAAACCAAGCUCAGAAACAAAGGCGUCGUACCUACCGUGCUCAUGGAAGAAUCAACCCUUACAUGUCUUCUCCUUGCCAUAUUGAGCUGAUUUUGUCUGAAAAGGAAGAACCUGUGAAGAAGGAGCCCGAGACUCAGCUGGCGACUGGCAAACCUAAGAAAGGUCAAGCUAUCCGUAGCGGCGCUUCCUCUUGAAUGGCCUAAGUAGAAAUUCUGUUGUGGGUUUUUGCUGUGCCAUUUCUUUUUCUUUUUGAAGUGAGUUUAAUUAUUGAUCAGAUCACUAUAUAGAACGAGGGAUUAUUAUUUAGAUGUUUUGUGUGACAAUGUUAUAUUUGGAACCUUUCGUAGUUCAAUUUUCUUCAAGUUUAAAUCACAUUCUCGUACUUUUGCGUUCA